AUGCGACCCAGCAUUUUACCAUAUACCUUGUUCUUGGCCACUCUGGCACGGGCGCAACUAUCUGGUCCCGUUGGCCCUCUAGUGGACUACAGCACUAAAGCCAAGAAUCAAACCUGCAACAUCGUCGAUUACGGAGCCCUCGCAGAUGGUAAGACGGAUAUCUCGCAGCCCCUCCUCGAUGCCUGGGGAAACUGCUCUGUGGGGGGCCUGGUUUACAUCCCACCUGGUAACUACUCGCUGGCAGUGGAUAUCGAGUUCAAGCAUGGCCAGUCCUCUGCAAUCCAGCUAGACGGUGUAAUCAUGCGCGGACACCGCGGAUCGUACCAGAUGAUUCUGGUCCGUGACUGCAAUGGUUUCGAAGUCUUCAGCGGCAAUUCUCGCGGGGAAAUUCAGGGCUUUGGAUACGAAUAUUUGGAGAAUAACACCUACGGCGAGAGAUUCCUGCGCAUCCAAGACGUUAGUAAUCUCUCGGUGCAUGGAUUUGCACUUGUUGACUCGCCCCCUUACUACAUCGUCUUUGAUACUGUCUCCAGUGGCGAGGUAUAUAAUAUUCUGAUCCGCGGGGUGACAUCAGUGGGAGCGACAGACGCCAUCGACGUAUGGGGAGAGAACAUGUGGUUCCAUGACAUUGAAGUGAGGAACGGCGAUGAAUGUGUCACUGUCAAGUCUCCGGCGCACAACUAUCUGAUCGAGAAUAUCUAUUGCAAUCUAAGUGGUGGGACCGCCAUUGGCUCCUUGGGCACAGGCACCAAUAUUUCUGACAUUCACUACCGCAAUCUCUACAUGAAUCGAGCAGGUGCGUGCUUCCUGAAAAGCAACAGUGGGGAUGGAAUUGUUAAAAUUAUCAUCUGGGAGAAUGUUAUAGUUCACGGCGGUCCCUACCCGCUAGCCAUAGACGAGGCCUGGGGGAAGGACCGAGGCUCAGUAGGAGUUCAAGUGUCCAACCUCACAUUCCGAAACUGGCACGGAGAAUCCGCUAGCGCCUCACGCCCAGUGAUCCGUCUACAAUGUGACUCUGACGUCCCGUGCUACGAUAUUACCAUCGAAAACGUUAACCUCUGGGCAAACGACACCAGCUAUGUGGGAGCAACAGAUCUAAAGACCUUUACCAGCAAACAGACUAUUACUGCCACCCCGACCUAUGCUGCUCCAACAAUGGCAGCUGACUUCACCUCUAAUCUGCCAUCAACGAGCCCUUUCACUAUUCCUCCCAUGCCGACGAGUUUCUACCCGGGUGCUACUCCCAUCUCAACACUCCUACAUCUCCAUGGUGCGGGUGGUCACCCAUCAGCAUCCGCUGUUUCACAUCAUCGACGACGGCAUUGA